AUGGAGAGGCGGGUAAUUGAUCUAAUUGGGAUCAACUACAUCGAGGGUCACGAAGCGGUUCCUGACAAUGUGCCAUUGGAAGAGUGUUUGGAGAAGACAGCGAGGUGCAGGUCAGCACAGGCUUUGAAGAGGAAGCGGGCGGAGGAAGAGAGCGAUGUCCAGAAAAAAUUUCUGGAAGUCGCUGAGAAGCAAGCAGAUGCCAUGAAGAUGCUGGCUGAAAACUCUUCCAGACAAACGGAUGUUUUGAAGAUGCUGGCUGAAAAUACCGCAAGGCAGACGGAGGCGACGCUUGCAAUGGCGCAGUCUAUGACCGUCCUUAGCGAAGGUAUGAAAGCCUGUGCCGAGGGUUUUAACCGACUCGCGAGUACUCUCGGCAACUCAUAAAUAAUAUUAAUAGUUUAGGUUUUAAGAAAUGUAAAUAUUAGUUUUAAGUUAAGUUUUACUUAACACUUUACAGCAAAAGUCUGCA